UGGGAAGCCCUGCCCCCCUCCCCCUCCGAGGAUGGCUGAGAGUCCCCGGAGGGUUUCCCCGGUAACAGGGCCAGUUGUGAAUUAGUGAGCAAAGAGUUAACGGGAGCGGGCUUAUUGUAUUAGUGCGAGUGUGCAGAGGGGUCAGAGGGGGAGGGGAGGUGGCGAGGGGCGAGGGAGGGUCUUCCCUGCGUGCAGAGAGAGGCCACCCUCUGCUCCGGCCCAGCCAGCACCUUGCUACCUGCCCCUGGCAGCAGGCCGGGCAUCGGGGCCUGGCCCCAGGAUUCCUGCAGGCCCGGCCCUGGGCAGCGCGAGGGUGGAGGAUGGGGAAAGUUGGUUUCCCGGCAGCCCGUCCUGGGCAGCGCCUCUCCCCGCCCCGUCCCCAUGGCGAGCUCGGUGCCUGCAGCCCGGAGUGACAGCUCCACGCCACCAGCAAGCGUGUGAAGCGAAGAGCGGAGCCGGGCUGGCCUCAGGGGCCCGCUGGGCCCUUCGCAGCAGCCUGCGCCGAGCCAGGCUGAGAAGACCCCGCUUGAGGAACUUGGCCAGCGUGGGACACAGACGCCAGCCAAGUGCCUUUGAAGUGGCACAAAAGGCCCCCCCGGCCCCACCAGGUUUGCGUGAGGCCACUUCGGGCAGCCCAGGCGACGUCGCUGCCUCUGUAACUUCAGCCAAAGUCUCCGCUGGAGUCGGUGCUCUCGCUUCCGCCCUGCGCGGCGGGCCCGGCACUGCCAGCCGCACGCGGACAGGCCGCAGGAGCCCCCGGCGGGCCCACGGAUGGCCGGACGCUGCAGAGGGAGCAGCGACUGACUCGCCGGCUGGUUCCUCCCUUCGGGCCGGGCCCAGGCCAGAGGCUGCCCAUGUGUCUGUCACACGCUGGCCUGGGUCUGUCUGGAAUGAGCCGUUUUACUUUCUCCCUGUACCAGCCUUUGGCCCGCGGCGCUCAGGGCACGUUACUGAGGGGCUGGCUUUGAGCGGCGGGGCUGAGCUUUCGGCCCCUGGCCGGCCGGCUCUGUGCCACCCUUUGGCCAUGGGGAACGCGCUGGGCAGGCCCAGCUGCCUGGGAGACAAGAGCCAGAAGCCCGAGGAGUUCCUGAAGGACGUGGGGCUUGGCCCCGACCACCUGGCGGGGAGGAACAACUGUGACGCCAGAGCUGGGGCCCCUGACAAGUCUCCCCUGAACCCGGUGGUGAUCGAGAACGGCUGGAGCCUGAGCCCAGGCUCGGCAAAGAGCCAGCCAAGCAGCCCCCUGCCCAAGCAAAACAACAUGGAGGUGAAGGUGCCGAAUGGGAGCAGGGGCUGCAACCCCCUCAAAGCCCAGCUGGAGGCGGCCUGGACCCCCCCGAGAGGCGCCCCCCCCAGGGACUCGGGCAGCAGCUGGGCCUGGAAGCCCGUCAGCACCAGGGAGGUGACCGAGGUGACUGAGGUGACCGAGACCAUCGUGACGGAGAUCGUGGAAGUGACCGAGUACCCGGGCGGGGAGCCCGUUGUCACCAGGACGGUGAAGGUGCUGACGGAGUGUGCCGGGGAGCGGACGGAGGGUGCCCUGCGGGCCAUCACGCUCCCGGAGGGCUCCCCGAGUGUGGAGCAGGCCCAGGACACUUUGGAGACGCUGCUGACCUGGGUGGCUGACAUGGAGGACCUGGUUGGCAACCAGAAGCCCCCUUCUUCUGAAGUGAAGGUGGUGAAAGCCCAGCUGCAGGAGCAGAAGCUCCUGAAACGGCUUCUGGAGGAGCGGAGACCCCGAGUGGCGUGUGUCCUGCAGGACAGACAGCUACCUCGUGAGCAUGCUGCCAGGACAAACGGACAGGAGGUGAGCGGGGGCCUCUCAGACCUGCAGGAGAAGUGGGGAAAACUGAUCCAGAAGGCGAACGCCAGACACGGCUGCUUGGAGCGGAUCCUGCCAGCUGCUCAGCGCUUCCAGGAGUCUGUGGAUUCCUUCCAGGAGUGGCUGAGCGCCACCGAGCGGUGCCUGGCCCAGCUCUGGCAUGCCAAUGGCUGCGUGAGCCAGCUGCAGGCUGCCCACCAGCAAAGCCAGGGUCUCUGUGAGGAGAUUCGUUCCAGGCUGGGCGACCUGGAGCAAGCCCUGGAGCGGGGGCAGCAGGUGCUGGAGCUGGUGACAGGCGAGGAAGCCCAGCUGGCCCAGGAGAAGAUGGAGUCCCUGAGGAUGAGGUAUCUGAUCAUGGGGCAGAGCAGUGGCGACAUCCAGCACCGGCUGGCGCAGACCCUGGAAGCCUCAUCCCAUGUGGACUCUGCCCAGGAGGACCUGGCUCUCUGGUUGGGUCGAAUGGAGAAGGAGCUGGGCUCUGGGGACAGCCAGCCAGGUGAUGGGCCGCACCCGGUCAGUGCCAGCGACAGAGAAAAGUUUGAGCAGGUCCUGGGGUCCGAACACGCCCACCUGGCCAGGCUCGGCCAGCACCUGGAGAAGCUCAGGCCGGUCCAGCUGGACGCCCAGGCCAUCUGCUCGCAGCUCUCGGCUCAGCAGCUCCUCUCCGCCGAGGUUCUGCACCACCGCGGCCUGGUGGAGCGCCUGCUGGGGAUCUCCGACCCACUGCUCCGUGCCUGGCCCUCACACCAGCACCCGCAGCCGUCAGCGCAGUCCCUCCGGGAGCAAGCCGAGCGGCUCUUCCUGGAGAGCGCAGCCUGCGCGGUGCAGCUGGAGCGGGCCCAGGGCCUGCUAGCCCAGUUCGCUGAGGCCCAUGACGAGCUCACACCCUGGCUGGAGGAGACGCAGCUGGUGGCCGCGCGGCUCUCCCCGGACGCCAUCAGCUGGGAAGCCUUCAAGGAGCAGCAGGACCUGCUGCAGUGUCUCCGGGAGGCCCUUGCUGAGCACCGGCCCCUGAUGGGGAAGCUGCAGCGCGUCUCCGCCCAGCUGGCAGAGCUGAGCCCGGAGCAGGGGGCCCCGUUCCAGCAGCGGUGCCAGGCGGCGGAGGAGCAGUACGACAGCAUUCGGGAGCACGUGCGCCAGGCAGCCACGGUGCUGGAAGAUGCCAUCCCGCGCUACAGCCAGCUCACGGAGCGCAUGGACUUUCUGCUGGAGAGCCUGGAGCGGCUCCAGGGCCGGGUGCAGAACCCCCCCGCGGUCCGGGGCGACGCGGCCCACCUCCGGGAGCAGAUCUGCGAGAACAGCCUGGCGCUGGGCGAGCUGGAGAAGCUGGGGGUGGCACUGGAGACCGUGCGCAGCCAGGGGGCCGAGCUGCUGGCCAGCAUGCAGAUGGCUCACGCUGACGCUGCGGCGAAAGUGAUCCAGGAGCGCACGGAGCAGCUGUGUAGCCAGUGGCGCUGCCUUCGCGGGCAGGCCGAGGAGCGGGAGCGGUGGCUCAGGGGGCUGCUGGCGCUGGCCGAGCGGUUCUGGCAGGGGCUCGCUGAGUUGGCCAUCACCCUCACAGACACCCAGCAGAUGGUGCUGGACUUGGAGGAAGCCGGCUCCGACCCCGAAGCCGUCCGGGCACAGCUCCGCACCAUGCAGGCGCUGCGAGAGGAGAUCGACGCGCUGCAGAACGACCUGGACACGCUGGGUAUCCUGGGCGUGGAGCUGAUGUCGUCCUGCGGCGACCCGGACAAACCGGACGUCACCAAGAGCCUGGACGAUCUCUACUCGUCCUGGCACAGCCUGAGCAAGGUGUGGACGGAGCGGCAGGGCCGCCUGCAGGAGCAGCUCCAGGCCUCGCUACGCUACCAGGAGGCCAUGCAGAGGCUCUGUGACUGGCUGGCCACGGCGGAGCUGCGCAUGGCGGAGGAGUUCCUGGUUGGGGGGGACCUGGAACUGGUGAGGCAGCAGCUGGCGGAGCUGAAGGAGUUCAAGAGGGAGCUGUACCAGUGCAAGGUGGAUGUGGAGAGCCUGCGGCACCAUGCAGGGGCUGAGGACAGAGGCCCCCCAGCUUUGCUGAGUGACUUCCGGCAGCGCUGGGAUUGCCUGGAGGAGGAGAUUGUCAGCCGCCAGCACCAGCUGGAAGCGGCGCUCCUGGGCUUGGGGCAGUUCCAGAACCAGCUGGAGGAGCUGGUGCAGUGGAUUUCCCACACGGCAGAGCAGCUGCAGGGCCGGAGCCCGCUGAGCUUGGAUCUGCAGAGCUGUGAGAUCGAGCUGGCCAAGCACAAGGUACUGAGAAACGACGUCAUGUCCCACGCCCGGACGGUCCAGUCUGUGAACGAGGUCGGCCAGGGGCUGCUGCUCUCCAGCCUUGGGGACAGCACGGACGCGCUACAGUGCAGCCUGCAGCAGCUCAACCAGCGCUGGGACUUUGUGCGGAGUGAGACCGAGAGCCGCCAGCUGGAGCUGGAGAACAACCUCAGCCAGGUACGUGGAGCCCCCGCCCCCUGCAACGACGCUGCCCGGGACACAGGGACUCACCAGGCCCACGGCUCAGCCACAGACAAGACAUGCCGGGGGAGCUCCACGCGGCCGUGUCCGCUGGAGGCAGGCACAGCCCCGAAGGCGGUUGCCGGCUCUCCCUGCUGGCCCGGCGCGUCUCUGACUGGGGCUCCUCUCCCCCAGGAGCGGCUGGCGGAGGGCCUGACGCUCAGCACGGAGUUCCACAGCACGGCGCAGGAGCUGCUGCAGUGGCUGGGGCAGACAGAACAGGGCCUGAGUGCCCCGGAGCCGCCCAGUUUCCUGCUGGAGACGGUGCUCAGGCAGGUCCAGGAGCACAAGGCGCUGCUGAAGGAGGUGACGGCCCGCGGGGAGCAGCUGUCCAGCCUGGAGGCGGUGGCCGCUCGCCUGAAGGACGUGAGCAGGAAGCAAGACUGCGCUGUGAUCCAGAGCCUGGUGCUCACGGCCAAGGAGCGGGUGGCCAAGGUGCUGCGGCGGACCGGGGAGCGGGGCGCCGCGCUGGAGGACGCUCGCAAGCGUGCCAAGCAGUUCAGUGAGUCCCGGCAGCUGCUCCUGGACUGGAUGGAUGAGGUGGAGCAGACUCUGGAGGUCCCCGGUGACGCCGCCAUGAGCCAGGAGGAGAUCAAGUGCCAGCUGGCUGAACACAAGGUGCGGCGCCGUGACUGCCCUCCCCAGCCCCCUGGGCCCUGUGCUCUGCCCCGGGCUGUUGCGCCAGCGCACGGCGGCUUGCAGAUCCCCCGGACUCUGAGCUGCCCCCAAGGGCGCCCUUGUUGA